UAACAUUCCCUUCUGUUAUCAUCUGAGCACUGUCUUCUAUACAUAUAUCUGUAUCACACUCGCAAAAAAUUCGCCUCUAAGAUUGGAUAUAUAUGGUGUAAGGUCUAAGAUCUCAGGUCUAAGGUCUAAGGUCUAAGGUCUAAGGUUUCCCCCAAUUUCCCCCAUUCCGGACGAGUCCCCAUUUGCAUAUUCUUGAGGAAAAAAGGAGGGAACCGCUCUGUAAUAAACUCUUGUAUUUAUCAUAAAAAGUAUAGAUUAACAAUUUUUUAUUAUGUACUAAUUCAAAAGUUAUUGUCCUGAUUGAGGUUACCUGUAUUAGUUAGUUAACAUGGAGACCGUCGUGAAAACUUCCUGGGUAGAUCUAACGGAUGAAGAAGAUGCUCUUCUCAAUGAAGCCAUUUGCAUGAGUUCGAAUGAACUUGGUAAAAUAUUGGAGUUGAACAAAGAAAGCAAAGUUGCUCAAAAUCCCUCAAAAUCACAGUUUCAUGAAGAUAAAGUUACUGUGAAUAUAACGACAAAUGUCACUACAAAUAUUAAUAAAAAUGUGAUCAUAAAUCAUACGACCAACAUAAAAUAUGAAGAUAAUGUUAAAAAUAAACCAGAAGAUGUGAGGUGUUUACGCAAGAGGACUAGAGAAAAUAGUGUACACCAUGAAGAUACAAAAGUUUUUCGAAGCAGACAUGACAGUGUAUCUAGUUCUACUACAAAUUCUUCCGAUAGCAGUAAAAAGCGUGUAGAAUAUGAAACAGAUCCUAUUGUAUUAGCACGUAGACAAAAAGAAAUAGAUUAUGGAAAAAAUACCAUUGGAUACGAUAGAUAUAUUCAGACUGUGCCUAAAGAAAAACGUGCAAGAGAACAUCCAAGAACGCCUCCAAAGUAUAUUAAAUAUAGUAGAAGAGGCUGGGAUGGCAUGAUAAAAUUAUGGAGGAAACAGCUUCAUCAAUGGGAUCCUCCUGAAGACAACAAUGCUGAUUAAAAAUAAAAUUGAAACUUUAUUUUGUUACAUAAAUAUUUAAUUUUGUAAUACUA